CACAAAUAAUGAAUUUUAUGACAAGCUCGUUUUAUCGUGCUCCCGUGGGUAGCUCGGUUGGGAUUGAUCAUUUAUAAUUACAGUAAGGUCUCAGAUUCGAUCCCCAUGUGCUAUUGUUGCUGGGCAUAUUUGGGGCGAAACUCUGCCCAACUAAGGGAUUAGUCUGGGUAAUUUUGGAUACCCAUUUAGACCCGAAAAAAAAAGCUGUCGUUUCAUCACAAUAAUAAAUAUACAUGCAUCUCCCGUUACAAAAUCAUCAUACUGGAAGGCAAUUUAGGAGCGCUCGGCAAUGGGAAACCAUAAAAAGCUGAGAGAAUUGAUUUGUUCCAUCAUCCAUGUGAAUAACAAGCAAGGCAAGGCAUGUGGUUUUUUGAGGGGGUACUUUGUAAUUAACUCUUUAUCCCUUCUUGUUUUCCUUUUGGCUUUGGUUUCGUUAUUAGGACCUGGGAGACAUUGAAGGGAAAAAGUCGUCCAAGGUCUGGGAACUCUCAUUUCUGCGCAAGUGCUGUUGUAAAUUGGCCACAUUUGUUUCACUCCCCAUUGUCUCCACUCUCCAACAAGAAGUGCAGAUUAUACGGAAAGAGUUUUGAGUUUUUUGACAGCUAACAUCUGAAGUUUUUCUGGACUCUUUUCACUUCUACACCGGUUCUUUGAGGAUGUGAGUGGUUGAAAUGCUUGAAGCUAUAGUGUUGCAUGGGCAGCCAUUCUGUCAUGUGGAUGUGAUUGACGGUUGAUGAAGGCACUGUAAGUGGAAGAUGUAAAGGGAAGUGGAGAAAAACAGGUGGAGAUCUCAUUCCACUGUAAGGACACUACAAGUUGGAACUGGCCCUUUGCUGCUUGGUUGUUUGGUCUCUGCACUAAUUUGUUAAUUUUGAAGUUGUGGCAGCAGUUUCCUCUUCCUGCAUCUUUUUAUGCAAGGGAUACACGAGUUGUCAUAGUGUGCUAUUCUGAGUGAAGCUAUGAAGCAGGAACUCCAGCGCUCCAAAUCAGGUUCAUGUAAGCAAAAAACAAAAGGAACAGUUGUGGCUGAGGCAUCUCAAAAUAAAAUGGAAAAGCAAACUAAAAUUGACAAAGGCGAGAAUAUCAAAUCCCUUUCAUCUGUAAAAUCAAAUUUGGAAAAGCUAAAUACCAAGUUAAUGACAAAAAAGUCGAAGGAAAUAAAUUUGGAUUCAGUCAGGAGCAAAGAAGAGAAAAGCCGGAAAAGGAAAAAAGAAGAUGAGCAGAAGAAACCCAAGUCAAAUAGCAUAAUUUCUCCAACUCCAGAAGCAAAGCGCAGAAAAGAGAUCAAAUUGGAGCCAGUGAAGAACUCUGGGAAUAUCUCCCUAGUACAAUUACUAUCAAAAAGUAAGAGUGCAGAAAGCAGAAAACCAAAGCCUAAUAUAAAGCCCAAGAAACCAAAAGCCACUUCAGUAUCUGUAAAAACCUCAAAAAAGAAGCCUUCAAAUGGUACUGCUGCACAGAAUUCAGUUAAAAAGGGCAAGACGACUUCAAAGUCUGAGCAAGGAAAGGAGGAGGAGGAAACGGAAAGUGGUAGUCAUGAAAAACUUAAACCAAAGAGCCCAAAUUCUAAUGCAGAGGCCAGGGAAAAAAAUCAUGAUUCACUUUCAGUGAGAGCCGAACCAUCAAGAAGUAAAGAUCAGACACAGAAUGCAACCCUAAAGACACCCAGGCUGAGUUCUAUUCAUCAAACACAGAUGGAAGCGGGGAAGCAGAAGAAUGCAAAAGCAACUAAACAUGAAGUUCAGUUGCCAUCCUUGGUAGAAAAAUCUAGAGAUCCGAGUUUACGCAGACUGAAAAUAAUGCGAGCUCUUGGUUUGAUCCCUCCUGCUGCAUCUCCAUUCAUGAGAACUGGUGCAGGGGUCUGAACAGACUUCUGCUUUAAUAACUAUGCGCGGGUUUUGCAACUGGGAGGAUAAAAUAACGACAUUUUGGUCCAUUGUCAUGGUGCUUUAUUCAGCAAUAUAGCUGAAAUUGUCUAUUCGGCAUUUCUUACUGACAAAGGGGUGGUGGAAGUUAUGUAGCUUAUGCCUAAAUUUUGGGGAUUUUGCAGAGUGGCUAGAGAAAUUUCACCUUGUAAACUAGUCAGCAACUGCAACAAGACAUCUGUAUUGAUGGUCUUAUUGUUAAUUGAGAAACUAAAACUCAACGUGACAUUUUUCUGCAGGCUGACUCGUAAACUUGUCAAUGUGGAACUCUUAUAUUUGUGUUGUAACCUAAAACUGUGUACAUUGCAAAGAUGCUUAUCAGAGCACGACGCAUAUGCUGGAAGAAGCAUGUGAAGCUGUACCUUUUUCUUUUGAACAUGUCCAGAGGAUGUGAUUGAGCUACUGAUAAUUUGGACGGUAUGCUUCUUUCUUU